CCAGCUGCUGCAGAUGCUGUUUUUCAACAAGAUUAUUUUUAAAAGUCUCUUGUGGCAACUUUUGCAAGAACUGGGAUGCUAGACCUGUCCUGGCAAAACUCCAGCUUGGACUGAGCAUUCUUCACGGUCAGAAAGGAAGCGACGCGACUCAUUCGGGAUGUUUGACGGGUAUGAUAGUUGCAGUGAGGAUACUAGCAGCAGCUCAAGCUCCGAUGAGAGUGAAGAGGAAGUUGCUCCAUUGCCCUCCAGUCUCCCAAUUAUCAAAAAUAAUGGACAGGUCUACACUUACCCGGAUGGUAAAUCCGGCAUGGCUACAUGUGAGAUGUGUGGGAUGGUUGGCGUCCGAGAUGCUUUUUAUUCUAAAACAAAACGCUUCUGCAGUGUUUCAUGCUCCAGAAGUUACUCGUCGAACUCCAAGAAGGCCAGCAUUCUGGCCAGACUUCAGGUAACGGGUAAACCACCAACUAAGAAGGCGAAAGUUCUACAGAAACAACCGUUAGUGGCUAAACUAGCAGCAUAUGCUCAGUAUCAAGCUACGUUACAAAACCAGGCAAAGACUAAAACAGCAGCUGUCCCCGUGGAAGGCUUCAGCUGGGGUAACUACAUCAAUAGCAAUAGCUUUACAGCAGCUCCCGUUACCUGUUUCAAACAUGCUCCCAUGGGGACAUGCUGGGGGGACAUCUCAGAAGGAGUGCGAGUGGAAGUUCCAAACACAGACUGCAGCCUACCGACCAAAGUCUUCUGGAUAGCUGGAAUUGUAAAAUUAGCAGGUUACAAUGCUUUGCUAAGAUAUGAAGGGUUUGAAAAUGAUUCAAGCCUUGAUUUCUGGUGCAACGUUUGUGGGUCUGAUAUCCACCCAGUUGGUUGGUGUGCAGCCAGUGGGAAGCCUUUAGUUCCGCCUCGAACCAUCCAACACAAAUACACAAACUGGAAAGCUUUUCUAGUGAAACGACUUACUGGUGCCAAAACGCUUCCUCCUGACUUUUCUCAGAAGGUAUCAGAAAGUAUGCAGUAUCCCUUCAAACCUUCCAUGAGAGUAGAAGUUGUUGACAAAACGCAUCUUUGUCGAACGCGGGUAGCAAUUGUAGACAGUGUAAUUGGAGGACGAUUACGACUGGUGUAUGAAGAAAGUGAAGACAAAACUGAUGAUUUCUGGUGCCAUAUGUACAGCCCGCUCAUUCAUCAUAUUGGUUGGUCCCGAAGUAUAGGACAUCGAUUCAAAAGAUCUGAUAUUACAAAGAAACAGGACGGACAUUUUGAUGCACCUCCUCAUUUAUUUGCAAAGGUAAAAGAAGUAGACACAAGUGGCGAAUGGUUCAAAGAGGGAAUGAAAUUGGAAGCUAUAGAUCCUUUAAACCUUUCCGCAAUAUGUGUUGCAACCAUUAGAAAGGUGUUAGCAGAUGGCUAUCUUAUGAUUGGGAUUGAUGGCUCAGAAGCAGCAGAUGGGUCUGACUGGUUUUGUUACCAUGCCACCUCCCCUUCUAUUUUCCCUGUUGGUUUCUGUGAAAUUAACACGAUUGAACUAACUCCCCCCAGAGGUUAUGCAAAGCUCCCUUUCAAAUGGUUUGACUACCUCAGGGAAAUGGACUCUAUAGCAGCACCUGUAAAGCUCUUCAAUAAGGAAGUUCCAAACCAUGGGUUUCACGUUGGAAUGAAACUGGAAGCUGUCGAUCUUAUGGAACCUCGCCUGGUUUGCGUUGCCACAGUAACUCGUAUUAUCCAUCGCUUAUUAAGGAUACACUUUGAUGGCUGGGAAGAUGAAUAUGAUCAGUGGGUGGAUUGCGAAUCCCCUGACCUCUAUCCAGUAGGAUGGUGUCAGCUAACAGGAUAUCAACUUCAGCCUCCAGCACCACAAACAUCAAGAGACAGCCAGUCAAGUUCAUCAAAACAGAAGAAAAAGGCUAAGUCGCAACAAUACAAAGGACACAAGAAAAAAGGAAGAUAGAAGAUAAAAACUACAGGAGAGAUGUUUUGCUUGAACCACAGUUGCCCUUUUUGGGUUGCAGAAAUUUGAAUUUAAAACUUUCUAUUUUAAAAAUAGGUCUUCUUGCCUCGAUUACAAACAAGGCCAUGAAAGUGAUUUGAUUGAUUGAAUGAAGUCACCUGUGAUUUGUAGGCUGUAUAUGUUUUAUAUUCAUGCUCUGUUUGACUUGGCUAGGCCCUAAGGCAUGACAUUUGAGUUUUGCAAUUAGUAAUGCAAGUAAAGGAACCUUUUUUUCGGUGUGUGCGCUACAUAUACAUGCACCUUCAAAAUUUGAAGUUAGCCAUCUCUCUAUUUGGAAGCCUUAAAGGGAAGCUACCCAACCGUCUUGCUGUUCACAAGAUAAGCUUUAUUCCCAUGGGCCCAAACUGUGAGUUAUGCCUUUAGAUGUUGGUUUCAAAUGAAGUCUGCGUUUCUCAGUCUGUUCCUAAAAACAGCCAUCUUGCUAAAAAAUUGACAAAUGAUUGUGCCAGGGACAGAGCAUGUGAGGAGAAUUGGACUGCUCUUCCCCUUUUGACAGCCCACGUUCUCUUGCUGCAUAAAUGGUGAACACCAGACUCAGUUCUUGAAGAUGAACACAGCUUCGUUCAAGUCAGUUGGAAAGCUGUGAACGUAUUCCCAGGCAGAGUGCAACCAUUCACAUUUGUAUUUGAAAACUGAGGCCACGUUCUUGCAGCUAGACCUGCUCAUACCCAUGUCUCCAUGCUAUUGAAGCUCCUGGUGGGCUUUAAUGUAACACCUCCUGCUUAUGGGAUGCACUCGACAACCUGUUGUCCUGAACAUGCAGAAUUUACAGAGUACAGAGUUCAGAUAGAGAUUGUCACUUAUCUAUCAGUCCAGUACCUAACGUGACUGGGACUUAGUCUAACUGCCUUCUGCUUACCACCAAAAAUAUAAAUAGGAAUCAGACCAACCAUUUGCCUCAUGCCCAUAGUGAUCUUUCAGAUUGCACUACUUCAUUCCCAUGAAACCUGCUGGCCGAAACACUCAGCAGUAUUUCUUCUCUAAAAUAAGCUGAAAGGAAACAAGACUAGAGAAAUCUGUGGCCAUUGACUUUCUGAGAAGUCUUGUCGUACCUUCAUCCUACAGAGUGCGUCAUGUCCUGACGGGGCACAGAGGCAGUUUUUUAUAAGCCGAAGGCUCAGAAAGAGAAUGCAAAGUGCCAACAGCCGGAGACCUUCCAUAGCCAAACCAUGCCUGCACUUUACCAAGUUAAGUGGUGGGAGUGUAGCUGGCUAGAAAUAGCGUGUUCCCUAAACCAGUCAAAAUAUGCCAGGUCUGCUAUGGUACAUGGGGACACUUUUACUCUCUGAGCACAGCAUUCAUCAGAGAAAAAUGUUAGAUUGCAAUCAGUCCUUUUGCUAGAAAUAAUUUUUAUUAGUGAGCUACUAGAAUUAGAAAGGCUUUUUUUGAUUGGCCUAAUACUAUUGCAUCCUAUGUUCACAAAGAGACCACCUUUCCAUUAUGUCCUCUAUUUAACCAUUCUUUUCAGGAAAGUGAGACUUAAUUUAAAAUUUCUUAAAAUACCUCUCCUUGUUUUGUAUCAGUCCCUUCUUUAUGCUAAGGUGGCUGUUUUAUCAGACUGCAAAGAAAGGCAGACUUUGGAAAGAAAAAAGAUUUUAAUUCAAUUCUGUUAGAACGUAGAUUGCUCUGCCACGCAACAUGAAUGAUUAGGAAUUCACUAAUUUUAGCAUAUCUUACCAGCUGGCCAUUAUAGACAGAUUAACUUUAAUAUAGACUCAGGCCUGCUGUUUUUAUUGUCCAAUAGUUAUUCUUCUAAGCCAUGGUUAAUCUGUUUAUGGUUUCAAUCACGGUCUUAACCAGAGGUGUUAACAUGGAAUUCUUGAAGCAAAAAUGAAUUUGGGGGAAGCAGAGGACUCUUACAGCAGAGUUUCUCUAACAUUUCAAGUGCAGUUUCUUUUUGUCAGAAAAGUCAAUGGCAUGUUCUUUGUGGGAGUGUUGGAGGAAGAUUGUCAAAGUACAGGACAUGAAAUAAGAAAAUCUGGGGUCUGUUUCCUGUGCCUUAGACUUCCCCUGGGCACUCUUAGCCUUUCCCCACCUAUUUUUCCUAUCUGUGAAAUGGGUCUAAUACCUACCUGCCUCACAAGGUGAGCUCCAUAAUUCAUUAAUACCUCUGAGAAAGGUACAUUUAGGUCUUUGCCAGGAGGGCACUAUAGAAAUGGAUUGUAAAUUUGUGAUCUAAAUGUUUGCUUGCUUUACUGCUAGCACCACCGAGAUAAUCCAGUUAUGGAAGAGUAAGCAGCAGCUUGUCAGCUAAGUUCUGAUUAUGCCGUUUAUCUUACUGGAAGAGCUAUGAAAGGUAGAUCACAACUUGGCCAGGGGAGUUUAUUUGGUACGUUUUCCCCAGAGCCUAAGUCACAUUGGCAGGACUGGGAAGAAAGUUAGCGUGGAAGCCAACAGUCCUUUUUCUGUUUAUAACUGCACAUUUUAAAUCCACAGACCUAGAACAAUGUAUUUUAUUGAACAGGUAUCAACAUUUAGAAUUUGCAGGGCAAAACUUAUCUACAUUUUAGCAACCCAAACAUCACUGUAUUAACCAAUAAACUGAGCAGGGACACUUGCCUGCUUGCUUAAAAACACAAAUUUUAUGUAGCGGGGAGAAAAUCACAUCAGUACAUUUUUAGCUAAAUUAAUAGGAAAUCUGUACAGUUACUUUGAACCUUUACAAGCCUUUAACUUUCACUUUUAUUUUUAGUGACUUCACUGCAGCUGAAGGAAGAGUUACUAGACGGCGAGGAAUAUAGUUUUCUUCAAGGAGCAUCUGAUCAGGAAAGCAAUGGGUCUGCCAGUUACUACAUCAAACAGGAACCUUAAGGCAGCUCAGAAAUGUGAGGGGCAGGGUGUUGGUGAUAGAGGAAGAAGAGCCUUUCUACAAGACUGACUGAUUUUGUUCCCACUUUGAUGGUACAGUUGCACAGCUGUACUUGGGGCACUUUGCUACCUGUAGAUGAGACUCAGUUCAGAAUUUUUUGGAAGGGCAAGGAAACUAUUUUAGUGAAAAAAGAUUUUUUCAAUUUAUUAAAAAUGAAAAUGGACUUUUUUGUGUUGUAUUUGAAGCUUUUGAAAGAAUUUUGUAAUAUUUUCAAGUUCAGAUUUAUUGUGCAUUGUUAACAAGAACUGAAAUUCUAAUUUUUGGUAAGACUAAAGUUUAAUUAGCAGGAUUGCAGGAAGCUGUUGGAGGAGAAUAGAGUGGCAAGUACAAAUGAACUGUCAUUAUGAAUGAACCUUUUUGGUACAAGUUGGGAGAUGUUAGGCUCUCGUGAACUGCACCGAGUCACACCUCUGUUUUUUAAUUGUGAAAUAUGGAAGUGAAGCCCUGGCUCGGAGGGCAAAAAUAGCAUGCAAAUGACUUGGGGAGGCCAGUCCUGUCGCACCAUGCUCCUGUAAGCAGGCCCAAUAUCAGUGGGACAGUCACAUAAGGGAGAUUUUAAACUUUUCAUGGUGGUUUUUAAUUACGUAAAGUAAAUAAGGUUUAUUAAAUAAGUCUUUUAAAUAAUCUUAUUCGGGACCUGAUUCAGUGUCCUUCAACAUCAGUGAAAAUAUAUUUUAUUGACUGCAGUGGGCAUUGGGCUGGGACUAAUGCAUCUUUUAGCCAUACAUGAAUGUCUCUUCGCUUUGGGAUGCUCAAGCACAUGUUUACAGAGCCUUAAGCUAAACUGGAACUUUACAGCAGAGUCUCUAAUUGAUCAAAUUUGACAAGAUUGCGUGUUUUUAAACUAGUGAGAUUGAGAUGGAGAAUAACUCAGGACCAUUCUCUAGUUAAGCCUGUAUGGAAAAGAGGAAAAACCCUGAGGACCUUUUCUUUAUUUCUGUCCCCCAGAAAAACCUUGACUCUUCCUUUUGAUCGUGCUCAGCAUCCAGGUAUGCUGGCACCAGCAAAAGAGAUGUUUCCUUUCAGCUAGAAAAAUAUAUAGUAGAAAAGCAAAUUUUUACUCCAAGGUCUUCGGGUGCUGUAAUGCUUUGCUUUCCCUAUACGAGUCGGAGAGUUCAGUUUCAAGGCAAGUAUUUUGCCUUUUUUGUAAAUUGGAUUCAUUUGGUUCUAGAUGGAAUUCUGGGAUCUUUUCAGUCUCACUUUAGGCAUCCCAUUGCUCCAGACAUCUUAACUAGAAAUUUUAAAUAAAAAAACCUUGCAAAAUAUAGGGAGUAGCAGCAGAAUAUAAGGGAAUUUUAAUAGGAGCUGAAUGAUCUGGUUCCUCCACCACCCCCUCCCCAUUUUAAAUGAAUUUGGAUUUGGCAGGUGGCCUCAUUCUUGGAGUGGACUAGCAAACUGAUUUUUCCAACCCUGCAGAGUUGUGACUGGAAAAAUGUGCACGAACUUUAGCUUUUACCACUAAGGUUCAUUAACUAAACUCUCAGGAAUUAACUACAUAUGUUCUAUAAGUGCUUCUGGGUCUUAGCAGGUCCCCUUCAGACCAGUACCAUGAGCAUACGACUCUUGACCAUAAGGUAUGGGCUUGGAAGAAAUUAAUCAGAAAUGAUUAGCUUCUGUGGUCUAUCAGCCUAAGAAACACUUUAAGGAUAUCAACCCACAGAGCCCCAGGAGACCAUUUUUGGUAUAUUCUUGUUUGAACUUUUAAAAAGAAAUGCAUAGAAAGUUGAAAACCAGCAAUUUGAUUAUUUUCUAAAAUAUGGCUCUAACUUUGGGUACAUAGCAUUGGUAAUAUGCACAGGUUUACCUCAUUCUAUGCAAGAGGGGUUAAUGAUGUAAAGUUUUGUAUUUACUACUGGAAGUAAAAUUUGUCCUGUAUAGUGUAGAAAUGUCUCAAAUUUUUUUCUUCUUCCCUCCCCUAGGCAAAUUUUUGUAAUGCUUGACCCCUUUUUGACAACUGUUUCUUCUCUCAGUUUGUUAUUGGGCAUCUACUAUCUGUGAAUGUAGGGGGCAAAGACAUUUUAGCUCUCUAAAAUACCUACAUUAAAAUCUAGACUCUGUCAAGGUUGACUGGCCUCUAUGUACCCCCCUCCCCCCACCCCCGAAAAUCUGAACCUUCCAAAGCAAGGGCUGCAAUAUAGGCUCUGGAUAGAUUUAACUUAAAGCCAUUCCAAAAGGGAGGAGGGGAAGCUUGCUGCUUGGGAGCAACUAGUAUACGUGGUCUUAAUCCACAGUAAUCCUAAACCUGUUUUGUUCAAACCUGUUUAAAGUUUGAGCAGUGUAGUCCACCUAAAUGGUGCAAAUGUGGAUAGAAGUAACUGUUAUAGCAACAGUUUGUGCCGGUGUCAUUCAGAGUAUAUCUGUUAAAUCUAUCCAUGCCCAUAGUUGACGAUCCAAGCUCAGGAAAAGGGGAAGAAGCAAGCCCAGGAUUCUGGAUUUACAAGUCAGUGUAAUAUGGGUAGUUCAGUGUGUUUCAAGUGUGCAUCUGCUUUCCCUGUGACUUAUCACAAAGUCCAGUUCUGCCAGCUUUCAGACAGAUCGAGUAGUACACCUACAUCAAUGGAAUUAGUUGCCUGUUUUAUAGAAAUGCUCAGCAUCAUUAAGGCUGAAAAAAUCAGAGCACAGUAGAUAUAUCUAGCUUCAUAAGGCCCCUUCGCAUAUAAAGUAGUACUUACAGACAAACGUAGCUCCAUUGAUUUUUGGGGAAACACUAUUGCAUUAAUGUUCUUUACUGUGAAAAGGAGUGGGCCUAUAGCAAGCAAGUAAGUACCACGAGAGCAAGAAAUCCAGAGUCCUGGGCCUACCUUGAGAACGCAGAUUCUCAAGGAUAUUUAUUAGUAACCCUACUGUGACUGGAUUCAGAUUGCAGGUUUGGGGAGGAAUAUUAAUCUUUUAGUAAAAUGCAUUUCUGGGGGAGAGGACAAGGUGCAUAUGCCAUGUCUGGGGUCUGUCGACAUGUACAGUGUUCUGUAACCCUGGGUAUUUGAAAACUAAACACUAUUGCCUAUGAGCUGAAUUCCACCAACGGAUACAUGGGAGUGACUUUCAUGGGAACUGUAGAUGGGUAUUUGAGGGUGGAAUUUCACUCGAUUCUGAAUCCAAAGUAUACCUAAAUCCGUCACCUGUCAAGUACAGUGAAACCUGUCCUACACAAACUGCAUGAGAAGCCAGCUAAAAUUGCUUAGGUUUAUUUCAGUAAAACCCUGAGCAACAUUGUAUUAGUUAUCUUACUUGGAGGAGGGUCUUUAAAGUGGUCUCUUAAAACAGUGGGUUACCUGUUAGCCCUGGUAUCCUUAGUAUAGGCUUCACUGUAUUUGUAUUAGCCUUAAUGGACAUGGUUCUAAGCAUUUUCUUCCUUCGUUUUACUCUGAACCAUGUUACUUGGCUAAAAGAAGGGUGAGAUGUUUGGUGUUAAAUCUCUGCUGGCAACCAGUCGUUGCUGUAUUUGGCAUAGCAGGUUUUUAUAACCAAGGGGCAGUGCAAGUCAUGUAGCUUGCUUUGAAACUGCCCCUUCUUUUAUGGCUCAAAAUUUUACUGCUGACCUUGAUCUUGUAUUAUUUUAAAUGCAACUCUUUAACCUUUUCUUUGCUCUGUCGGAGGAAAGCUAGAGCAGUUAUCAACUUCUCGUUCUACGGAUACUAACACGGGUUUCAGUGUUUGUUUGUUUUUAUUAUUAUUAUUAUUAUUGUUUUAUGUGAUGUGAAUACCCUCUCCCAUCAAUAUUUGUACUAUGGUGCUAAUAUAUUUGGUAACAAUCCUUUAUUGGGAAGGGAUUAAAAAACUGUGAUUUAAAAUGAAUUUUUCUUCCUUUUAAUUUUCAUAUUUAAAAAAAAAAAAGCCACAGCCAUUUAUACAAAAAAGAGCAUCAGCUUUUGCCCCUGGGAAAAUAUAUUGGGGCGGGAAUCAAGAUAAAAAGAAUAGGGUUUUUACAUCAUUUCUGUAUGUAUUUGAUAUAUAGAUCAAUAUCUGUACAAAUUUAAUCUUUUAUUUUCUUGGUAAUUUGUGUGGUCAAUGAGAGAGAGUAUUUAAAACUUUCUCAUGAAAUGUACAUAACUAAGUGAAAAAUGCUUUUGGAGAAAUUAAUGUUACUUUCAUUUUUACCAGACUGCAGAUUUUCAGCAUGGAUGUGAAAAGCAUUAAAGUUAUAACUUUGUGUACAAGAUGAAAAUAAUUCACUAAAUUUGCCUUUUUUUACACAAAAUAAAAAUG